ACCAAUAAAAGCAGAGAGAUUGAUCUUUCUGAAAACCAGCAAAGUCAAAUCUGCAACUCCCUAAGACCCAGAAGAUGAAAAGAGAAAGAAAAGAGAGGGGGGGCAGGUUUGCAACCGAGGAAGAAACAUGAGAGAGAGAGGUAGAGAGAGAGGCAGGGAUUCAGGUAUCAGGCACCGCUCGAGGACAAGACGGAUAGCACUAGGAAGAGAGUGGAUUAGUAACCAAGAGAGAAGCCGACAGGUGAGGACACGAGAUGUACAGCAACAGAGUUGGAACAGAAACAGGAAGGGCUCCGAUGAAUGGGGAUACAACAGAGGGAUAUACAAGCAAGCCACAAACUUCUUCUUUACAAAUAUACCGGACGACUGGAGCUACAAUGAUAUGUGGAGCACAUUUGGCAAGUAUGGGCGGAUAAUCUCUAUUUAUAGUCCACAGAGAAGAAGUAAGAGUGGAAGCAGGUUCGGUUUUGUUAGAUUUUUGGAAGUGAGGAAUGCUAUGGAGCUAGAGAGUCAACUAGAUCAGAUCAGGAUUGAGGGGCGAAAGAUAUGGGUAAAUCUAGCCAAGUAUCUAGAGGAGAGAGGCGAAAAGGAAAAGGUUAGGAGUGGCAUCAACGAAAAUAAAGUUACUCAUGGGAAAUCAUAUGCUGAUGUUGUACGAGGAGAACAAGGAGGAGACCCAAGGAAAACCAGAGAUCAGAUGCCAACGACCAGUCUGAAGUUUGAACCCCAUAGACAGCCGGAACAGAGACAGGAAUGGAAAAUGAAAAAUAGAGAAGAAGAGUGGUCGGUGGUUCUCAGAAGUAACACCGUGGUUUCCUUCAAUGGUGGCAAAAGAGAGGUUCGUCUGGAUAAGGUGCCAAGUACAAGCAAGAGAAGAAGAUUUGACAUUGCCAGGUUCCUCAUCUCAACAAUAAUGAUGGAGUCAAUCUCAGUAAAAAGGAAGAUUAAAGUGAAUGGAGCAAUGUAUGAGCUAAAAUUCACAGAAGAAGAACUGACAAACAGCCUUUUUUUUCUAAAAUAUGAUUUCAUGCCAAGUUUCAAUAGCGACCCAGAGUAUGAUGAAUCAUGGUCUGAAGACACCGAUUAUUGUGAUGGUUGUGACGAGAUAAGCAAAGAAGUAGAUAAAGAGACAACCGCUGGUGAAGAAGAGGUGGCCGGAGACAACAUAGAGUGCGAAGGAAGAGGAAGUAAGUUGGUUGUAGCUCCGACACCCGGGGCAAAAUUUGAAUUGGAUGGAACAGGUAAUGAUGAGACACAGCUCAACAAGGGUGACAGACCAUUCCAAAGCAGGGUGGGUGAGGAAGAGACGGUAGAAAUGGUAGCGGAAAGCUUUGACAUGGAAAUAGAAGAAGAUGACGUCGGUGACAGAGAAAGAGUUGGAGAGUGUGAAGCUGAAUUUAAAAAAGGGAGGCAAACUAGUUCAGGCCUAAUAGCAAGCUCAGGAAGAAUUGAACCGAGCCUACAACCUCAACCCAAUCCAAAAACAUUGGGCCAACAGAACAGAACAAUGGAACCGAGGGGAAAAGAAGCAUGGGUCUGUGAAAAAGGCUUGGAGAAUUUACAACUGGGAGAACACUCUAGGCCCGAGGGACUUGGAAGUGAAGAUGGGAGUGAGAAGGAGUGGAUGAGAGUGAUGCCGAAGCAAGGCAAGCAGAAAAUAAAGAAAAAAGUCAAAGCGUGUAGCGCGGUAUACAAAAGAUUAGUUCCUCUUGAAGUCAUGAAUCAGAAGAAGAAAGACAAAGGCAGAUCUGGGUCGAGUCAAGCAGAGGAGGAGGAAACUUCACAAUGUCGUUCGAGCACAAGCAACUCGAGGAUCGGGGCGGUAAUAGAGGAAGAGAAGCCGGUCAUCAGGAAGCUCGAGGAGAUGGAGAAAAAGGAUAGAGCAACAAAAGAGGCAAAAAACGCAAGAGGAGCAAGUGAAGUACAGAAGGAAACCAAGAAGUGUGGGUUAGAUAGGAAUUAUUGUAAAAGGUUAUGGCACUCAAAAGACUUUGAUUGGGUAGUGAAGGAUUCCGUAGGAAGGUCAGGAGGGUUGUUGUGUGUAUGGAAUUCUAAAGCCAUUAGUGUGAAGCACGUCUGGGAAGGAGAGAAGUUCAUUGGUAUCCAAGGGGUGUGGACUGCAGAGAACGUUGUGGUCAAUGUCGUCAAUGUUUAUUCCCCAUGCCAACUUGCUGGAAAAAGAAUCUUAUGGCUGGAGUUAAAAAAUUUAGUUCUGCAAACAGGAGGAAUGUGGUGUGUUGUGGGAGAUUUUAACGCAGUCCAGAAAGUCGAGGAGAAGAUAGGGAGUAAAAGAUUAACUACAGAGAUGGGAGAGUUUGACAACUUCAUUAUAAAAUCGGAACUGAUUGAUAUUCCGUUAGUGGGUAGAAAAUUCACAUGGUACCAAACAGGGGGCAAAUUCAUGAGUAGAAUUGAUAGAGUACUGUUGUCAGAGGAAUUGUUAUCCAGGUGGGGGGAAGCUACACAAUGGGGGUUGAGUAGAACAGUCUCUGAUCACUGCCCUAUCUUGCUUAGACAUAAGAAAGUGAAUUGGGGACCCAAACCAUUCAGAUUCUUUGAUAUAUGGUUUGAGCAAAAAGAGUGCAGGGAGCUUAUAAGAAAAGCAUGGGAACAAGCAAACAUCCAAGGAUGGGCUGGGUUUCAACUUAAGGAAAAGCUAAAGAUCACCAAGGAAGCACUGAAGAAGUGGAGCAAAAGCUUUGUACUCGAAAUUGACAGCAGAAUAAAAGAGGCCACAGCACAGAUUGAGCAGUUAGAUCUGAAAGGGGAGUCGGAGCAGCUAGCAAAUGAGGAGAUUGAAAGAAGAAGACAGGCUUUGCUAGAUCUAUGGAACAAUAUAAGAUACAAGGAGAGUAUGCUACAACAAAAAUCUAGAAAAGCAUGGUUAUCAAAUGGGGAUAAGAACACAAAGUUUUUUCAUAGCUGUGUGAAGGGGAGGUGGAAGAGGAAUGAAAUGAAUAGCAUACAAAUAAAAGGAACUCAGUAUACGGAAGCUAGAAGAAUGAAAGAGGAGAUUGCUAGCUUUUUUCAGAACAUGUUUGCGGAAGAACAGUGGAAGAGGCCAACUUUAGAAGGAGUAAAAUUCAAGAGAAUCUUUGCAGAAGAAAACAGCUCCCUCACUACACCCUUUACCGAAGAAGAGAUUAAGACUGCAGUAUGGGACUAUCAAAGCUCAAAGGCACCAGGGCCUGAUGGAUUCAACUGCAAAUUCAUCAAAAGUGAAUGGGAGACAAUCAAAGGGGAUGUCAUCGGGUUUCUAGAGGAAUUCCAGAGAAAUGGCAAGUUGGUGAAAGGUCUAAAUACCUCCUUCAUAGUGCUGGUGCCAAAAGUAGAAAACCCACAGAAAAUUGAAGAAUACAGACCUAUCUCGCUUAUUGGGGCGGUAUAUAAAAUUCUUGCCAAAACUCUGGCCAACCGUCUUAAGAAUGUGUUGGCAGGGGUAGUGGGUGAACAGCAAAUGGCAUUUAUAAGCGGAAGACAAUUGCUGGAUGGGGUCAUGAUAGCAAAUGAGAUUGUGGAUGAAACAAAAAAGAAGAAGAAGAAAGCUUUUAUGCUCAAGAUUGACUUUGAGAAAGCUUAUGACAAGGUUAGCUGGAGCUUCUUGGAUUUUAUGCAGCAGAAGAUGGGAUUUUCUACUAAGUGGAGGAAAUGGAUCAUGGAGUGUCUGAAAUCCAGCAUGGUGUCGGUAUUAGUCAAUGGCAGUCCUACAAGGCAAUUCAUGGUUUCGAGAGGCCUUCGGCAAGGGGAUCCACUGUCACCUUUCUUAUUUUUAAUCAUCGCAGAAUGGAUGAAUGGGCUAACUUCAAAAGCAAUACAAAAUGGGUUAUUGAAAAGAGUGGAAGUAGGACAUGGAGGAUUCAAGGUCUCACACCUGCAAUAUGUAGAUGACACACUUCUGUUUGGUGAAGCCACCGAGGAGAAUGUCUGGGCCAUGAAGGGUAUUCUGAGAACAUUUGAGCUGGUGUCGGGGCUAAAGAUCAAUUUUAACAAAAGCCUACUCAUUGGCAUUGGGGUAGAGGAAGAGUGGCUUGACAAAAUGGCGUGGAUAAUGUGCUGCAAAAAAGGGAAUCUACCCUUCAAAUACUUGGGGAUCCCUAUUGGGGGUAGCUGUAGAAAGAUUUCCUUUUGGAAGCCGCUAGUGGAGGUCUUCCACAAGAAAUUAACAACAUGGAAGGGUCGGUACUUAUCUCUUGGCGGUCGGAUCACUCUCAUUAAUUCAGUGCUAUCCAGUCUCCCCGUGUUUUGGAUGUCGAUGUACUUGAUCCCGAAAGGUACAAUUCUUUCUCUUGAUAAAAUUCAUAGAAGAUUUUUGUGGGGUGGGGUUGAGGGAGGUAAGAAAAUAAAUUGGGUCAAAUGGGAUACAGUAUGCAUGGAUAAAGAACUAGGGGGAUUAGGAGUGAAGGACUUAAGGAAAUUUAAUUUGGCGCUGCUAGGCAAAUGGUGGGGCAGAUUAGUGAACAAGGACGACGGGCUAUGGAAAAAAGUGAUCUUAGAAAAAUAUGGGAAAGAGGGAGAACCUAGUUAUAAUUGGCUGAGGGAGAAUAUUGGCUACGGAUCAACUUGGUGGAGGGACAUAUGUAGAUUAAACAAUAUUGAGUGCAAGCAUGAGGGGUGGUUAGAGGAGGGGUUCAAAAUCAGAGUGGGAGACGGGGGUAGCAUAAAAUUCUGGUGGGAUGAUUGGUGUGGGGAAGGUCAACUGGCGAACAGAUUCCCUAGGCUUUAUUUAUUAUCUGCAGGAAAGGAUUACAACAUUUCACAGUCGGGAGGGUGGCUCAAUGAAACAUGGACAUGGCAUUUGGAAUGGAGAAGAGGAUUGCAUAACUGGGAAGAACAAGAAGUAUCAGAGCUCAUGAAAAUGAUCAACGAUAUUACAAUCACAAGAGGAAAAGAUGAUAUAUGGGAGUGGAGUCAUAGCAAAGAUGGAGAUUAUUCAUCAAAGUCAGCUUACCAAGCACUCACGAGGGAGCACGGAACGGAACAACAACAGUUGGCUCUCCACAAAGUUUGGAACACAAUUGUGCCAAACAAAAUUUCAGCAUUUUCAUGGCAAGUGCUAUAGGGUAAAAUACCUACAAAGAUCAAUUUAAUCAAAAGGGGUAUAACUCAUGGCAUAGAGGACAGCAGAUGUGACUUAUGCGAUAGCCAAACAGAGGAAGCCAGCCACCUUUUCAUCCACUGCAGCGUUGCCCACAAACUUUGGAAUGCAUGCUUCAGAUGGUGGGGGAUAAAAUCAGCUUUGGACA